UUCAUAUGUGAAUCGACAUCAGAACGGUGGACACAUAAAAGUCAAUUAAAAAUAAAAAACAAAAAUGUUUAUAAUCGUGUCAUUUUUAAGUGCUAUAAUUAUUUUAAUAAUAACCUUCUACGUUUAUUUAACUUGGAACUUUCAUUAUUGGAGGGAGCGAAAUGUGCCGGGACCAAAGCCGAAACCUUUGUUUGGAACAUUUCCUUCCACAAUUACUGGUAAACGAAAUUUUUUUUAUGAUGUGGAUGAAAUUUACAGAAAUUUUAAAGGAAAAACAAAAUUUGUUGGAGUUUUUAUGACCCGGAAGCCGUAUCUGUUCGUGUUGGAUCCGGAAUUAUGCAAAGAGAUCUUAAUAAAUAAAUUCAAACAUUUUCAAAUAAAUCUGUCAACUCAGUGGGUAAAUGCUAAAAAAGACAAAAUGGCGGGUUUAAAUCCAUUUAAUACUUCAUUUCAUAUAUGGAAAGUAAAACGGGCUGAAAUUGUACCGGGCCUAUCAUAUAACAGGAUAAAAGCUAUGCAUCCUAUUAUGAGCGCCAGCGCUAAAAAACUUGUAACACAUUUAAACGACGAAUACGUAAAUGGUUGUCAAACCUUCGAUGGGAAAGAUAUUUCCCUAAGAUUCACUGUUGAAAUAGUGGCCGGAAUAGGUUGGGGUAUAGAAUCUGGAAGUUUUCAAUCAACGACUAGCAACAAGAAAAAAUCCAUCUUUAUUGAAAUGUCUAAAAGAAUGGUGUAUCAGACAUUACUCGGCUUCCGUUUCUUCUUCGUUAGUGGCAUCUUUCCCUUUAUAAAGUACAUCUACGAGGAACGGUUUUUCCCUGAAGUAACAGAUCGUUAUUUUAUGAAACUAACCGAGAAGGCCAUAAAAAUGCGUAAUAGUAUGGAAACUCAGAACAAAUCUCAGGAUUUCCUUCAAUAUCUGCUAGACUUGAAACAUAAAAAGCAACUCACUAACGAUGAGAUUGUUGCUCAUCAGUUGACAGUACAUUACGAUGGCUUCGAAACAGCGGCCAUAUCAAUCUGUCAUUGUUUAUUACUGCUCGCUCGUUAUCCUUACACACAAAGAAAACUACGACGUGAAAUUCAAGAAUAUAUUGAUCCAACAACAGGUGAAUUGAAAUAUGAUGAUAUGAUGACAAUGCCAUAUUUGGACCAGUGUAUAGCCGAAACGUUGCGCUUAUAUGCUCCUUUGCCAUUUCUAUCGAAAAUCUGCACGGAAGCCUGUGAAUUUCAAAAUAAUGACGGUGUGUUGGUUUCUUUAAAGCCGGGCGACGUUUGCUUUAUUUCCAUGCAAUCAUUUCAAAGCGACGAGGAGUACUUCCCCCAACCAGAUACCUUUAUGCCUGAACGUUUCGAUGAAGCGAAUGGUGGUACAAAAAAAUAUAAAGAUAUGGGUGUCUUUUUACCAUUUGGCGAUGGUCCAAGGAUAUGUAUAGGUAUAAAUUUUGUUUUAGCUGAAAUCAAAACUGCCAUUGUGGAGAUAAUUAAACACUUUGAAUUGACAGUUAAUGAGCGUACGCGUAACGAUAAUUAUCGUGAGACGCACGGCUUCAUGACUGGUCUAGAAGGUGGCGUACACCUAGAUAUGAAACCAUUAAAACUAACUUAUUUACUUAUCAAAUGUAUCGCUGUUGCGUGGAGAAGAAAAAUGAUUUCAGUUUUAAUUUACUUAAUAUUAUUGUCAAUUUUGAUAAUUGCAUCAGUUUAUUGCUAUUUAACAUGGCAUUUCGAUUAUUGGCGAAAACGAAAUGUUAGAGGACCCCGACCGCAACUAUUCAAAGGUACAUUUCCUAAAUCUUUUGCAGGACAAUGCAGUUUAAUUGAAGAAUUACAUGAAAUUUACAUUAAAUAUAAAACGUCUGAGCGUUGCGUGGGUGUUUUCUCACGACGUGUGCCUAAAUUAUUUAUUUUGGAUCCUAUGUUAGCUGCCGAAAUUUUAACAAAUAAUUUUACGAAAUUCCGAGUUAAUGAAUCAUCGAAAUGGACAUCUUCCCGGGUAGAACGACUGAGGGUUUGUAGCCCCUUUGUUACUUCAGGUGAAGAAUGGAGGGCGAGAAGAUCUGAUUUAGCGCCAAUCCUAAGCGUAAAUCGUCUACGUUCGUAUUAUGUAUCGAUGUUAAAAAGCGCUGAUCAAUUGGUGUGUUUUAUUGAGAGACAAGGUUACACGUACUUGAACGCAAAGGAGUUAGCAAAUCGUUUUACGAUCCACGUUAUGAGCAAAUUUAUAUGGGGGAUAGAAGAAAAUAUAUUCGAAAAUAUACAUGAAAAGUCGCCGUUGCAUCGAAUGGCAGACAAUAUGUUGAAACAGGCUUUAAAGUGUGUAAGCUCUUACGAAAAAACCAUUAGCUGGAGAAUUCUAAGGCCUAUACGUUUCUUUCCGAAAGAAACCGAUGACUUUUUUCAAAAUGUAGUUAAAACAUUAAUGAAUCAAAGGGAAAAAAGUUCAGAAAAACCUACCAACGAUGUAAUUGGUCAUCUAGUUGCAAUUAAGGACAAAAAAUCUUUAAAUGAUGAGCAAAUAGCCGGUAACACCACCACUCUUUUAAUUGAUGGUUUUGAAACUGUUGCAGUUGUUAUAGCCCAUUGUCUUAUGUUGUUAGCUCGCAAUGAAAGGGUUCAAACGAAGCUACGUGCCGAACUAAAUGAGAAUGAAAUACCCUUAAGUUAUGAUGAGUUAAUGAACUUGCGCUAUUUAGAUCAAUGCAUUCAAGAAACAUUGCGUUUAUUUCCUCCGUUAACUACUUUAUUUAAACUAUGCGCAGAAUCGAUUACCAUAAAGGUUAACGAAAAUGGAAAACAUGUCAACCUUAAUGCUGGAGAUAGUGUAUAUAUUUCAUCGUAUUCAUUUCAUCAUGAUGCUGAUUAUUUUGAAAAUCCCGAAGAUUUUUGGCCUGAACGUUUUAAUGAAGAGUUAGGAGGAACAAAAAAGUUUCGAGAAAUGGGUGUAUUUCUUCCGUUCGGCGAUGGACCCAGAAUGUGUCCCGGCUUAAAAUUGGGAUUGAGUGAAAUAAAAGUUGCCAUUUUUAAAUUAGUUAAAAACUUUAUUAUCACUCCAACAAAGAAUACAAGAAGAGAUAAUCGCCUUGAAAUUAAUUCUUUUCUACUUUCGGUUAAAGACUGUAUCGAACUAAAUUUUCAUAAAAUUCCAAAGGACACGCAAACUCUCCCGUAAACAAAAUUUAUGAUCACAAUAUAUGGUUUAUUAUUAUAUUUCAUGAAAAUUUAUUUUCUAUUUAUGUUAUCUCUUACAAUUUGAUAUGCAUGUAUAUUGUCGAUGUAUUGAAACAAAAUUGCAAAAAUUACUCACAAUGCAAACGAGAGGUAUCGCCCUGUUUUUUAUUUUACUUCCGUAGCAUACAAAAAUGAUUACCGACGGUCGUAGAGAUUUAUCGAAAUUAAUUAUAGCUAUUUAAGGGAAAAUUUUAUAUGUUCUUACAAAACUGAUAUGAUUCGAGGAAAGUAGAAAAGAUGACAGCGGGCGUAUCAUAUUGUGGUUUACCGUAAGCAAUUUAUUUUUUAACACCUUCGAAAAUUCAAGCAUUAAAAAAUAAGUUCUUGACACGUGCGACCCCAUAAUGUAGCAACAGCAAGUGAUGAAAAAAAAAGAAAGGAAAAAAUGAAGAAAGAUUUUACGUUUCUACCACAUAGUAUAUUACUCAAAAUCAAUUCAUUUUAUCAUAAAUUUAGAAUCUAUUAAUUAUACAUCAUGUUAAGCUGAGGUCGGCAGGGUACGAUACUGAUAUUUCUCUUGUCUAUCCAUUUCAUUUAUCACGAAAUAAUGUGAAAACUAAAUGAUAACAAAUAAAAAAUAUUAAGUAUAGGUCGAAUAUAGCAAUAUCUAAACGACUGAAUAUGU